GUGGCUACACGCACUAGGGGAACCAAGCAUAUGAAGAGAGAAAUGAGAGGCUUGUACUAUUUUGUUCUUUGGAUAUUUCCAAUUUUUCCCUCCACAAUACAGAAUGAAACAUGUGUGCCUUGUUUUAUGGUUCCACAAAUAUGUACGGAGCAAGCUAAUAUUCCAUCGUGUAUUGAAGAAGGAAUGAGAAAUUGCUCAUCUAAAGUCCCUAGGAUGGGAGUUCCAAAUUAUUUCUCUAGACCAAUUUCCUCAGAGGAAAUAGUUGAUACAGAAAGAGGAUAUAAAAUCCACGUCUCUGAAGAAGCAUUACAGAGGAGCAGCAAUAGACGGGGGGGAAACCAUAAGGAAGUGGAUUUGAUUGUGUCUAUUCUCAACGAGACUUUCUUCAGGGUCAGCAGCAGUUUAGACACCAAGAAGGGAAAUGACUCACAUGAGUCAGGCCCAAUAUUGCAUGAGCAAAGUGUGUUGGGAGUUUGGCUUGGUGUGAAAGAAAUUCGCAACCUUUCUCAGCCUGUUCAACUCAGAUUCAUAAACACCAAUCAGAGUGAAAAUGGAAUCUGUGUCUACUGGCAUCUUGAUAAAAAUGGCAAAGGUAACUGGCGUACUGAUGGCUGUAAUACUACCAUCGACAGUGGAGACUUUGUGUGCAGUUGUAAUCAUCUGAGCUUUUUUGCAGUGCUCAUUAAUCCUGAAAUUCCUGAAGAGUCCCAUAUUGUCCUUCUCAACUACAUUUCAUACAUUGGCUCUGCCCUUUCAAUAGCAUUUACAGCCCUUAUGAUUGUUAUGUUUCUGUGCUUGAGGAAGAAGCAAUGUGAGCAUUCAGUCAUCAUUCACAUGCAGCUCUCAGGCUCCCUUUUCUUGUUGCACACCUCGUUCUUGUGCAGCGUGUGGUUUUCAGGCCAGAGAGACAUUGAUUCAGUGUGUCAGGCUCUAGGACUUCUUCUACACUGGUGCCUUUUAGCCACCUUCACUUGGACAGCCAUUGAGGGCUUCCACCUGUACCUGCUGCUGGUGCGGGUCUUCAACAUCUACAUCAAGAGAUACUUGCUUAAAUUAAGUCUUGUGGGAUGGGGUGUACCCACUAUUACAGUGAUGAUAUGCGGUGUGACUAAAGUGUAUGGCAAAUAUACAUUUUACACAGAUAAAGAAGGCUCAACUGUUACACCUCUAUGCUGGAUAAGCACACAGAUAGUGAGCUACAUUACUGUGAAUGGUUAUCUCGGGCUGGUGAUGCUCUUUAACAUGGUUAUGCUGGGGGUGAUGCUGGUUAAGAUGCGCAAAUUAAGAUCACGACCUCUUCAGAUUAAAGACCAUCGGAGGAGGGCAUGGAAAGAAUGGGUGUCUCUACUCGGGCUCAGCUGUUCUCUGGGAGUGCCCUGGGUCCUGGCUUUCUCCACCCAUGGCCCCUUGAGUCUCUCUUCACUCUAUGUUUUCAACAUUCUCAACAGUUUUCAGAGUGUCUUUAUUUUCGUGUGGUAUUUGACUCUCACAUGUCAAGCACGGAAAGAGGAACACAGCUCAUCAAAAGGCACCAUUCAGGUCAGCUUCAACAGUAAUGGAUAUGUGAAUGCAAGAUAACCAACAGCUGUUCGUCACAUCACCCAGUGGAGCUUGAAGGUGGACCCUCUACUCUACAUCAAAAAUUCACUCUAGUUCUUUUUAUUAUUAUUUUACACAUUUGGGGUCUGCAGAGCCCGGGGGACCACAAGGGGGCGCUAAAGGGAAUCUGGAUAUAGUAUAUUUAUUUCUAAAUGUGUUGAUCUAUCACUUGCAAUU